AUGUAUUUCUAUUUCUUGGUUUCUAACUUGCAUUUUGAUAACAGUGGAUUGAGAUAUCAUGAACUUGAGUACUGGAAAUUUGGUGAGGAAGGAAACAACUAUUUCCACCAUGCUACAAGGCAAGAAUAUGCUAUUUCAAAAGAUUUGGCUAGUGACAUAUCAAUCCACCAGCAUGUGUUGCAGAAGUAUGCUAAUGAGGAUGUUUCACUGGAAUCUUGGUUUAUUGGAUUGGAUGCAGAGCACAUAGAUGACCAAAGAUUAUGUUGUCGAACCCCACCUGGUAACAAUGUCAUUUUCGUUCCUUAA